AAGCGGUCAAGCUCAUGGAAGCAGUUAUGGACGUGGAAGCGGUCAAGCUCCGGGACGUGAUCCGGGAAGCGGUCAAGCUCAGGGAAGCAGUUAUGGAAGCGGAAGCAGUUAUGGAAGCGGAAGCGGAAGCAGUGGUGGAAGCGGUCAAGGAAGUGGAAGCGGUCAAGCUCAAGGAAGCAGUUAUGGAAGCGGAAGCGGUCAUGAUCAGGGAAGCAGUUAUGGAAGUGGAAGCGGUCAAGCUCAGGGAAGUGAUCAGGGAAGCGGUCAAGCUCAUGGAAGCAGUUAUGGACGUGGAAGCGGAAGCAGUUAUGGAAGCGGAAGCAGUUAUGGAAGUGGUCAAGCUCAGGGAAGUGAUAAGGAAAGCAGUCAAGCUCAGGGAAGUGAUCAGGGAAGUAGUUAUAGAAGUGGUCAAGCUCAGGGAAGUGAUCAGGGAAGUAGUUAUGGAAGUGCAAGUAGCUAUGGAAGUGGAAGUGAUCAGGGAAGAGGUCAAGCUCAGGGAAGCGAUCAGGGAAGUGGUUAUGGAAGUGGAAGCGGUCAAAGAAGAGGACGUGGUCAUGGAAGCGGUCAAGCUCAGGGAAGCGAUCAGGGACGUGGAAGUGAUCAGAGAAGAGGACGUGGUCAUGGAAGCGGUCAAGCUCAGGGAAGCGAUCAGGGACGUGGAAGUGAUCAGAGAAGAGGACGUGGUCAUGGAAGCGGUCAAGCUCAGGGAAGCGAUCAGGGACGUGGAAGUGAUCAGAGAAGAGGACGUGGUCAUGGAAGCGGUCAAGCUCAGGGAAGCGAUCAGGGACGUGGAAGUGAUCAGAGAAGAGGACGUGGUCAUGGAAGCGGUCAAGCUCAGGGAAGCGAUCAGGGAAGUGGUUAUGGAAGUGAAAGUGGUCAAGCUCCGUGAAGCGAUCAGGGAAAUUGUAAUGGAUGUGGUCAUUUGAAAUGGGCAUUUUGCAUAAUCUUUACUUGAUCUUUUCAAUUCAGAGCUUUAUUC